AUGGCACUGCUUGCCUCCUGGCACCGCGAGCGCGACGUCAUCAGCGAGUGCUUUGUGAUCGGCACGCCGAAUGUCGGGCCCGGCACCUAUGAUCCACGGCUGCCGCCGGCAAAGACAUGUAGUCUGGGAAUCGGCGACAGGCCGAGCCUGAGCCGCGACUCACCGGACCUGCCAGGUCCAGGACAGUAUGCUGUGCGCCGGCUGGCGACGGACGCGAUUCCCGAUCGGCCGUCACAGUCGCUUACGGCGAGCUGUAGCUCCUUCAACUCCACGACAUCGCGAUGCGAUCCGGAGAACUCACGUGAGCCAACCUUUGUGCCCGGCUCCGGCUGGUUUGUGGCCUCCACUAUCCUCGACAACCCGGGCCCAGGGCAGUCCGACCUACGGGAUCCCAUGGAACGGAGGCCCAAAACAGGUGGUGUCUACGAGCGCAGCCGGCCCGGAAAGCUGGAUUGGGGAGCCGAGCGAGCCGUGCAGGAUGUGAAGGAAGGUGUGCGACUACACACGCAGACGGAGCCAGCGAUCAAGCCCCUUCGUGAUCGUUCUGACUGGAACUUCACUGGUGAGCCAGGGGACACGCCGGACCCGUACAGCACACAGAGCCUCGAGAUCGGCCGUGGCAAGCGCAAGGUCCACUUUGGCGCGCCCUCGGAGCGCAAGUCGACUUGGGGAAAUCCGCAUUUGAAGCGGAACCCGGGCCCUGGCACCUACGAGCACGAGCCAGUGAAGGUGGACUGCCCCCAACGCCUUCCAGGAGGAACUGGCGGAGGCGGUCCCCCGGUGGAGAAGCCAGGAUUCGGCUCCGAUGUGCCGCACUGUUCCACGGCUUUCGCCUCCAGUAAGGUGCCCACAGCGUUCUUCCCCAAGUCCUUCUCGCCGGCGUUGUUUCCGGGGCCUGCAACGUACUUCGCCGACCCUCCAAAUCCAAAGACCGGUGUGGAGCGGGCCCUGCCGGUCUUCCGCUCGGUGUCAGCGCGCUUUGCCGACACGGACAAUGGGACACACCCUGGUCCGGGUCACUACCCUAGCUCAUCGGACUUUCCGGAGGACAGGAUCCGACGUGCCAGGAGCGUGCCCGAUUUCAUGAACAGGAAGUUCUUCGGGGUGCAGAACCCGAGCCAGCUCAAGUCACUCCGAGAGACCGAUGGAGCUGCGCUAGCAGGCUUUGGCUCUCGCAGCCCGCAGCGCCCUAUCACGGUCAGCAAGAGCUCUGCCGCACCAGGCAGCUACGAUCCAGAGAGCUCGCUAGGCCAGUCCAUCUCUGCCAAGCUGCGGCACCUGGCAAAAAUCGCACAGGGCGGCGCUUUCGGCGGCUCGAAGAACGGGGAGCGCUUCUUCCAUGGACCCGGGACAGGCGACAGUGCCGCACCUGUGCCGGCAUCCUCGCUUCCUCAUGCGGACACGAUGAAGGACGCGGGCGAUGCUGCCAGGGGCUCGUUCAAGUCCGAGGCUCCGAGACUGGUGUCGCAGAGCACGGAGGCCGGCAGCAGCGAAACUUGCCUCGAUCCCAUGGGCAGCAGAUAUAUCCAGGAGCUUCCUGGGCCCGGCUCCUACGAUCCCAUCACGAACCCGGACUUCCGUGCCGGGUGGAGGAUUGCCAAGACAGAGCACGUGGGCUUCGGAGUGAGUGGCGCGCGGUUCGCCAGCGAGGCAGCCGACGUGCCACCGCCUGGAUCGUAUGAAGUACUCCCCGAGAUCGUCAAAGGCGGCUGCUACUCCUUCCGAUCCACGGAGGCGCGUGGGUUGCCAAUGCCAAAAGUGCCGCUCAAGGGCCUUGAUCCAGGCUCUUACGACGUAGCGAAGAGUUUGGUGCGGAAGACCUUCAACACAAAGGUGGAGGAAAAUGCUCUCCUUCUGCAGACGCCCAGCGACAAGCGCCCGCCUCCACGGGGCCCCUUCCCGUGGGCCGAAGGUGGAGCUUUGAGCUUCAACACUUUCCAGUCGCGCAUCACCUCCAAUGACAAAUCCGUACAGGCUCUGCAACUUCGCGGCUGUGGGUCGCCGGUCAUAGCGGUGCAUAGUCCUAGCCCUCCCUUCUGGUGCAGCAUGUACAACCCGCGUGCUUUUGUAAAAUCCUUUUGCUACAUCAAAGUCGUACGCUCGAAGCGCGCCUUCCCGACUGCCAAGGCCCUGUGCAUGCAGCCGCUGUUGGGUGUCCUGGGCAGCGUCUGCGAGGUGGAGCGCCAGGCACAAGCUGCGCCGGAGUACGAGAAGUGGAUCGCUGAGGCAUUGGCGGAUGCUGACUCUGUCGACGGCCCGUUUUGGCUGCCAUGCGUCCGAGACCAGCGCGAUCCGCUAAAGUCCUGCUCAGCUUCGGCCAACCUCUCCUGGAUCAUGCAGCACUUCCUGUCACAGCUCUGCCAGGACAGCCAGCAAAACAACAAGGAGAACGCGACGCCUCCGAACCAGCCUCGCGACACAGGUGCACCAUUUUCGAGCGGGCCCCUACGUGCAGCCAAGGAGGAUUCCCCACGGGAUGUUGUGGAGCCCUCCGCGCUGCCCGGCUCUCCGCUGAAGCGCCCGCGGACCCGCCCCGGCCCCCAGGAUUUCGCGAGCCCGCUGGUAGAGCGCAUUGCCAAGGCUCCCUCGCCAAUCAGAGCACUUCAGCUGGGACCACGUCCAGGCACACCUUGCCCAGUUGACGAAGAAGCCGGAGGCCAAUCUCUGCCAGUACCCGCGUCAGAGACUCCAGCGACAGAACGGGCGGCCUCCAGCUCUCCGGCCAAGCCGCCACCACGCGCGUUGCCUUCGCUGCCCCCAACUCCGGCUGAGAGGCCCGUGGCCACGGUCGUUGCGGCACAAAGAGCUGGGCCUGCAGCCCCCGCAGCGCUGGCCCAGGACUCCACCAUCGAGCCGACCGAAGAGAUCCACUUGCCGAGCCGGCCUGCCAUUUCAAUGGCGGAGUGGAAGUCCAAGGCCUUGUUCGCGGUGCCGCCCGAGUCGCCGAAGGAAGCCAAGGCUCGAAGCAGGCUCCGACCCCCAGCCAGCGGCCAGCAAGCGUUGCGCAAGGAGCGCCAGCCAGGGGAGACCCAGGUGGAGAAGACCAGCCCGGAUCGCAAGGACCAGUCGACUCCCAUCAAGGUCGCGGACCGCAUCAUGAUGUUCGAGAUGCUCAAGACCUGGACCCCGCAGACAGAGAAGAGUAUCUCGCCAGCUGUUCAGUGCAGCAAAGCUGGGACAGCGUCCUCGGCACCAAGGAUGCUCAAACCACCAAGCAGUUUGACUCGAGGCAGCGCCAGCACGGACCGCGGCUCCGCAAGCAGCGUUGCAGUGGACGGCAGUUCCCUCUUCACUCCAGUGCAGCACGCAUGGGCGCGUGAUGUGAAGCCCAAGGAGCUCUUCCGCCACUCUGACCUUGCACCAACGCGGCCGCCCCUGGCGAAGGGUGCACGUAAGCCUGGACCCACCACAGCGUUCGGCAGCACAGUGCCGUCCAUUCCGGCCAAGCACGUCGUGGCAACUGCUGCGCAUCCUGCUAGCGCACGCUCCACGGAGGGCGAGCCUCCGGAAAGCGCGCGGAGCACCGAGGCUUUCGAACGGCUGGCUCUUGGCCAGAAGCGAGAGGACAUCGCGAAGCCAAAGUCUCUGCGUGCGGCAGAACAGGCCAAGCAGGCAGAGGAGAGACGCCUCAAAGAAAGGCAAGAGCGCGAGCAGGAGCGCGAGCGCGCGCGCAUCGCCGCUGCCCAGGCUGCUGCAGCACAAGCGGCACAGGAGGCUCGGGCAAAGGCUGCCGCUGCGGCUCAAGGCCCGGGGCCCAAGGGCGGCGUCGCCCAGAAGAGCCCCAGGCUCUCCAAUGAGCAGUUGCAGCACUUGCACUCUCCGGGAUUCGCCCGCCAUGCCUCUGCACCAGCCCUACCUUUGCAGGAACGUCCCGUGCAGGUGGAGACGGUGGAGGACCACCAGCUGAAAAGGAUGCCCUCCGUGCCGCUGUUCCGCGAGCCCUACCUGGAACUGCGAAACAUCACCCUGUCGCCAAAGAAGCCAGAAGACAACUAUGCCAUCUCCGAUUAUGGUGGCGACUCCGAAGGUGAGGAUGCGGCGGCACGAGAGAGGAUGCGCCAGAAGAAGGCAGUGCCGAGGUGGUGCGACAAGUAUUUGCUGCAGAUUCAGAAGCAGGUGGACGUCGAUCCUGACACCAUCUUCGGCAAGGUGCCGCGGUGUGUUCUGGACGACAUGUUCCCCGACAGCGUGUACCGGCAGGCCCGGCAGAAGAGACCAGCUCGCCGACGCGGUUCCUCUUGCGACUGGCGCCGUGACCGCCUCACUCGCAGCGAGAUCCGUGCCUACAAGCAGCAGAUGGGGCAGAAGCGAAGUUGGGAUGACGGCCACCUUGUGGACCAUCGCCGCUGA